AUGGGUGUCAUAACAUUGAAGGCCGGAAAUGGUCUGGUCACUUCAGUCGAGAGCGGACUGUUUAUCAACAACGAGUUCGUCGAAGCCAAGGCGGGCGAAACAUUGGACAUAGAGAACCCCUUCAACUUGGAGAAGCUAGCAACACUGUCCGCUGCUCAGGGGGCAGAUGUAGACUUGGCUGUGCAAGCUGCCGAAGCCGCCUUCUAUGGAGGUUGGAAAACGACCCUUCCUCCAGUGCGCGCAAAGCUUCUACACAGGCUGGCAGACCUGAUUGAGCAGCACGCCGACGAGCUGGCCCUUCUUGAAGCCCUGGAUGCCGGAAUCCUUUUCAACGACUCGAAAGGCUUGCACGUGCCCAAUGCUGUGUCUACUCUUCGUUAUUUUGCUGGUUGGACUGACAAGAUCGAUGGAAAGCUUUUGCAAAUACCUGAGGGCACGGCUUAUACUCUUCGAGAGCCCAUUGGGGUGUGCACAGCCAUUGUGCCAUGGAAUUGUCCUCUCAUGAUUACUUCAUGGAAGCUGGGACCCGCCAUAGCCGCAGGGAAUACUCUCAUCAUUAAGACCCCUGAGGCCGCGCCACUAUGGGGGCAGAAGCUUGCUAGCCUGGUCAAGGAGGCAGGCUUCCCCGCUGGCGUCAUCAACAUUCUGUGCGGCGAGGGUGCCAUUGCAGGAGCAGCGCUAUCGGCACACCAAAAGGUGAAGAAAGUAUCCUUCACUGGAAGUACAGCCGUCGGCCGACACGUCCUCCUAUCCGCCGCCAAGUCCAACCUCAAGAAAGUCACACUCGAGCUUGGCGGUAAGGGCCCGUCCAUUGUUUUCUCCGACGCGGACUGGGACAAUGCUCUCUUCUGGACAUCAUUAGGCAGCACAACCAACAAUGGUCAGAUUUGUGCCUCUGGAUCCCGAAUAUAUGUGCAAGAUACUAUUUACGACAAGUUUCUACAAGCAUUUACUGAACGAAUCAACAAGGCCGUACACGGCGAUCCUGUUCUUCAGGAGACAACCAAAGGUCCAGUCAUCAAUGCAUCCCAGCAAAAGAAAAUCUUCAGCUACAUCGAAGGAGCCAAGAACGAUGGAACGAGGCUACUUCAUGGAGGGGAGAAGCUCGACCACAAAGGCUACUUUGUUCCCAACACCGCUUUUGCUGAUGUACCUGAAUCUGCGGCGAUCAUGAAGGAGGAGAUUUUCGGACCAGUUCCGAGCAUCGCCAAGUUCUCCACCGAACAGGAGGCAAUACAAAAGGCCAAUGAUACCGAUUAUGGCUUGAGUGCUGCGGUGUUUACAAACAAUGUAAACAUAGCUCAGCGGGUUUCAGCGGCCAUUGAGUCCGGGCAGGUUACCAUUAACUGCUGGGGAAUGUUGCAUGCCAACACUCCAUUUGGAGGUGUUAAGCAGUCAGGAUUUGGGAGAGAUUUGGGCGAGGAGAGCCUUGAUGGCUGGCUGAACUCUAAGACGGUCAAAUACUUCAACAUUCCUGAGACUUCCAAGUUGUAG